AUGGCUAUUCCUGAAUAUAAACUAAGUUCUGUUUUGUGUGGCCAUUCCAUGGACGUUAGAUGUGUAGCCACAACAAAAGAAUCUUGUAUACUGUCUGCUUCCCGAGAUAGGACUGCUAGAUUAUGGCACCCGGAAGGGACUAAAGAUUUCGUAAACGUAGUGACCUAUAAAGGUCACAAUAACUUCGUUUCCUGUGUUUGCUGGCUUCCACCUUGCGAAGCAUUUCCUGAAGGACUGGUUGUUACUGGAAGCAAUGAUAAUACUAUACUAGGAUAUAACCUGCAGGAUGGUGCAAUUCAGAUACAUUUGAAAGGUCAUAAUAAUGCAGUGUGUAGUGUUGCUCCUGGAAAUGAUUCAGGAAUACUUUUGAGUGCAAGUUGGGACAACACAGCCAGAAUAUGGAAUAUCAACUCCCCACAAAUGUCCCCUGUCAUACUCAAAGGUCACCAGGCCGCUGUGUGGUGUGUUAUAGAAUUGAGUAAUGGAGUGUAUGCAACUGCUUCGGCCGAUAAAACCAUCAAACUAUGGAGAAAAGAUGGAGCUUUGAUCAAUACUCUUUCUGGUCAUACAGAUUGUGUGAGAGGUUUGACGGUAGCGAGUUCUGAAAGUUUCCUAAGUUGUUCCAAUGACGCAUCCAUCAAGCUGUGGUCGAAUAAAGGAGAUUGCAUCAACACAUAUUAUGGACAUUCUAAUUAUGUUUAUAGUAUAAGUAGCAACCCUGAAAGUGGUAUGUUUGCUAGUUGUGGUGAAGAUGGUGCAUUACGUCUUUGGAGCGGUGUUGAAAGUAUUGCACUAAGGCUGCCUGCACACUCUGUCUGGAGUAUAGCCUGCCUUAAUAAUGGAGAUGUUGUCACUGGUUCUAGUGAUGGCAUAGUCAGAGUAUUCACAAAGGAUCCAGCAAGAUUCGCUGAUGAGACAACUCUGAAAAACUAUGAGGAAGAUUGUAAGAAAAUGAUUGAAGCAUCACAACAAGAAAUAGGAGGUUUUAAACUUUCAGAACUGCCCGGACCGGAAGUAUUACUGGAGCCAGGUCGUACUGAUGGUCAGACUAAGUUAGUGAGGCGAGGGGCCUCAGUGAAAUGCUACGCGUGGCGCGCCGCGGGGGGCACGUGGGAGGAGCUUGGUGACGUCAUGGGAGCCACGCCCCCCACACAGGGGAAAACAAUGUACCAGGGACAGGAAUACGACUUCGUGUUCAGCGUUGACAUCAAAGACGGCGCCCCAGCCAUCAAGUUGCCUUUUAACAAGACGGAGGACCCGUGGGUUGCGGCGCAGGCUUUCAUACACAAGCAUGAUCUUCCACAAGUAUAUUUAGAACAAGUCGCCAACUUUAUAAUAACGAAUGCUAAGUUAGACUCCGUCCCAGCUUCUAGUAAUGGGUACGCGGAUCCGUUUACAGGAGAGUCUCGUUACGUGCCGGGUUCCGGCCCCCUCGCGGGCCCGACCGGGGGGCCCGCCCCUGUGUCUUCGGGUCCCCUCAAAGACCCCUUCACUGGAGAGGGCGCGUAUACAACUUCUAGCAACGAGAAACCUCUCAUACCACACGAUGCAUACAUCAGGUUUGAUGCAGCGAAUCUUAAAGCGAUACACGACAAACUGAAAGAAUUCAAUAGUAAAGUGGGAGACGGUUUAAACGCAUUCACAGAUGAACAGAUUGAAAAUAUUGUGAAAUUGGGUGAAAUGGACUCCACUUUUAAUCCAGAAACUGUAUCCCUGCUCAAGAAAAUGCUAGAAUGGCCCAAAGAAAUUCUGUUCCCUGUACUGGACGUUACUAGAUUGGCCGUAAGAAACAAAGAUAUCAACACCCAAAUAUUUGACACAACAUAUGGGCCGAACUUCGUUAAAUAUCUGUUAACAUUGUUAAGUCCUGAUAAUCUAUCACCCAACCAGUUGCUUUCUAUGCGUGUGUUAGUGAAUGCGUUCAGUGCUCUCUCCGGUGAGAUGCUCGUACUAUCAGCUCGUGAAAGACUUCUGGAAACUAUGAACACACUCACAAACAUCAGUAAUAACGCCCAGAUAGCUGCUAUGUCGCUACUUCUGAACUUGUCAGUAGCUUUAGGCCAACAACCAGAUAAUAUAGACCUAGCGGAUUGUGUGGUUAAUUUACUCAACAAAAUUACAGAUAAUGAGGCUUACUUCAGGGGUCUUGUAGCAUUAGGCACUUUAUUAGCGGAAUCUCCAAACAAACUCAUUAUCCAAACGAAAAUUGUAACCAGCAAUAAUCUACAUAACAGAUUGAAAAGAGACAGCUCCACAGAAAUUCCCAACUUCAAGAAAAUAUCAAUUUGUUCCCAACAAAUAUUAAGACUGUUAUGA